AGACGCUGUCACAAACAACACGUUCUAAAUUUUUUAUCUGUGGUAACAUAACCUCAAAAUUUUCAAAAGAACGCGGUCUAAACUUGCAACACACGUGUGUUGUUAUUUUCCACUUUAAAAAUACAAUAAUGCAGUGAAAACAACACAAACAGCCUCAAAAUGAGUAAGAUGUUUGUGCUCUACGAGCACAGCGCGGGCUUCGGCCUGUUCAAAGUGGCGGAGUUCGAGGAGCUGGCGGCGUUCCUGCCGCAGGUGGAGGCGUCGGUGACGGACCUGCAGCGGUUCAACUCCGUGGUCUCGCUCGUCGGGUUCCAGCCGUUCAAGUCCGCGAUCGUCGCGCUUGAGAAUAUCAACGCGGUGUCUGAAGGUAUCCUGCCAGAAGACCUGAGCCUGUUCCUAGAAGGUGCUUUGCCGAAGAGGAAGAAGCGGUCAAAAUGCUCCCUCGGAGUGGCAGACUCCAAGCUCGGGGCGGCCAUCACGGAGGCCCUGGAGAUUCCCUGUUCUCAUGUUGGAGCUGUGCCAGAGUUAUUGAGAGGCAUCCGCCACCACUUCCACAACCUCAUCAAGGGCCUGACCCUGAAGGCGUGCAGCGUGGCGCAGCUCGGGCUCGGGCACUCCUACUCGCGUGCUCGGGUCAAGUUCAACGUGCACCGAGUGGAUAACAUGAUCAUCCAGUCCAUCGCCCUGUUGGACCAGCUGGACAAGGAUGUCAAUACAUUCUCUAUGCGGAUCAGAGAGUGGUACUCCUACCACUUCCCCGAGCUGGUGGCCAUCGUGCCCGACAACCAUCUCUACACCAAGUGCGCGGAAUACAUCAAGGACCGCAAGAGCCUCUCCGAAGAGUCCGUGGAGCCCCUGACUGAGAUCUUGGGAGACUCGGAGAAGGCCCAGGCUAUAUUGGAUGCGUCUAAAAUGUCGAUGGGCAUGGAUAUUUCGCCGGUGGACCUGAUCAAUAUACAGAUGUUUGCUGGACGGGUCGUUCGGUUGGCUGAUUACAGGAAGCAGAUAGCCGAGUACCUGCACACAAAGAUGAACUCCGUAGCUCCGAACCUGACAGUGCUAGUCGGCGACCAGGUGGGCGCGCGGCUCAUCAGCAAGGCGGGCAGCCUCACCAGCCUCGCCAAGUACCCGGCCAGCACGCUGCAGAUACUGGGUGCCGAGAAAGCUUUAUUCAGAGCUCUCAAGACCCGCUCCAACACGCCCAAGUACGGUCUGCUGUACCACUCCACGUUCAUCGGGCGCGCCGGGCUCAAGAACAAGGGCCGGAUCAGCCGCUACCUCGCCAACAAGUGCUCCAUCGCGUCCAGGAUCGACUGCUUCUCUGAAUCCCAAACAACAGUGUUUGGGGAGCACCUUCGUCAGCAGGUUGAAGACCGUCUCAAGUUCUACGAGACCGGAGACAUCCCCAAGAAGAACAUCGAGGUGAUGAAGGAAGCCAUGGAGGCGGUCGGCCAGCAAGAGCCGGAGGAGGAGCCGAGUGCCAAGAAGAAGAAGAAAAAGAAGAAGAAGAAGGAUGAAGCUAUGGAGGAAUAGAUGUGGGUGGUGUUUGGGAGUUGUCACUUU